AUGAGUGCUACGCUCAGCCGGCCCAAUCUCCCGACUUCAGCCGCGCCAGGAUUUCUCUUUCAUGGAGGCACCGCACCCACUGCCAGCUCGAGUGCCUUCGCUCGUGCCCUUGAGGCGGCGGCCCCGGGGGGGUCGAUCGUCUCUCUGCAAGCCAUCAACAACGCUAUCAUGGGACCAAGUGUUCGAGGUAAACCCAUAAUUGGCACCGAGGUUACUCCCAACCUGGAUCCAAUGGGGCUCUCCGGGGCCCUGGACACUGAAGCUCCCGCUCCACUGGAUCUGUUGUCAACCGUGGCCCUCAGCACGGCCCCACGCGCUCCCUCGUCGCCUAGCCAGCAUCGAAGUAUCCACAGCCACAACGACGCCUCAAGAAAUUUUGGCACCUCGGCCCCGGCGACAGAAGCGAGCCUCGGUGCCAAUGGCGUUGAUUGGGCGGCCAAUACGCUGCCCUGGCAAGUGCCCUGGUGGUCGUCUCUCCUGCUCAACCCGGCUGCAGCCGCAGCAAUGGGUAUGCCCGCUGCGCAGAAUAGUAUCUCUACUGCCCCAGCCCUCUCUACUGUGCCAGGCAUGAUCAGCACCACCACUAGCACUCCCAGCGGUGUCGGCGCUAGCACAUCGUCGGCUUGGCCACAGGGACUUCUCAACUUCCCUGCCGUGUCCGAUCCCGCAAGCUUACAAGCGGUAGCCAUGGCUGCAGCAUUGUCAGCUCAGAAUGCGGCUGGAGCUGGCAAUCCUCUCCUGGCCAACUACAACCUGUCAUCUACCACAGGCACUUCCAUAGCCCCAUCAAGCUCCACGGGUCUUGUCAUGCCCUCAGCAAGGCCCGGUGCUGUGGUGGAGGCAUCCAUGGCCCCGACACUUCUUGAUCUGGGAACCAAGGCUGCAAGUUUUGGGCACACUCAGAACUUUGUAUUGCAUAGGGGUCAUAGCGACGGAGGUCGCUCUCUGCAGUCUGGGCCGAGGAUCAGCAGCACAAGCAUUCCCUCUCAUGGUGCUCACUCUGCUGGCAGUGGCGAUGGUGACCUUGAUGGUGAGGCUGCGCCGAGUACGAAACGAGCGCGGCGUCGCCGCAUUGCAGAUCUUGCAGAAGCAGACCGUGCUCGGCUCCGUCGACUCAACCGCGAGGCGGCGCGCAAGCAUCGCGAGCGUAGCAAAUGGCGCGAUGAGUCGGCGGCGCAAGAUCUGCAACGCCUGGUGCUACAUCACAAGCAAUUGGCCAGCGAAGCAGCUGCAUUGCGCACAGAAGUGUCCACGUUGCGUGAGGUGGUACGCACCCUGUACCUAGGCACCGCAACGCGAGCCCCAGAGCGAUCUCUGAGGCAGAUCAACUCCAGCUCGAGCAAGGCCACCUCAGAUAGCCAGGCCUCCUAAAGCCUCCGGGAGGCUCGAUAGUGUGCGUAUAUUGACCGUCUGCAUUGUGCUUAUACAUCCUGUCAACAUCCUUUCGCGUCUUCCGAGAGGAAUGUCGCCGAAAAGGUGUCCCUACAUCAUGCCAUCUCGCUCGCGCCUUUUUUUCUUUGUUUUUGCUGCGAGCUGCCUCAGCGAGGCUUGAGCCGCCAAAGUCGAGCUCCAACAGUCCCACGCCGUGUCGCUUAGGAACAGUGCCGGCACCCCCUUGCUUUCCUCACGGCGUGGUGGCUUGCUUAUCCCAAUUUUUUUGUUCGGACACAGUCUUUGGUCAGGAGUGAUGAUCUCUGACCAAGUAGUCCAUCGCAUCCAACAAAAUUCAUUGCUUAACC